AUGGCCAUACCCACCACCCAAGACUCCCUCGCCGGAGACCAAAAAACCGACAACUCAAUCGAUAUUGAGCAGCAAAAUGUCGGCACUUUGCGAGUCGAGACUGCCAAAACCCUCGGCGCAGGGUCUGCUCUUGCCCUUGGCGCAUUCGGAACUACUCUCACGACGUUAUCGCUGAGUCUGAUGGAGUGGAGGGGCGUCACCACUGCGAAUGUGUUUGUUGCCAAUUUCUUCUUCAUUGCCGCGUUUGGGUUGGUGGUGACUGCUCAAUGGGAAUUGUCGAUUGGGAAUGGAUUUGCCUAUACUGUUUUUAGUGCUUUUGGCUUGUUCUACGCUGGAUAUGGGGCCAUCUUGACGCCUGCCUUUGGGGUUGCCCAAGCCUAUGGUGGUGACAGUACAGCCGAGUAUAAUAAUGCGGUGGGGUUCUUUAUGAUCUUGUGGACGGUGUUCGUUUUUACUUUCUUGAUUGCGUCGCUUCCAAGCAACGUUGCGUACAUCCUGGUCUUUUUGUUGGUUGAUCUGGGAUUCCUGACUGUGGCCGCCAGCUACUUCGCUUUGGCUGACGGGAAGGCGGCUUCUGCCACUGCGUUGAAGAAGGCUGGAGGGGUGUUUUGUUUCUUGGCUGGAUUGGUGGGAUGGUAUAUUGUUUUCCAUUUGCUAUUGAAGGAGUCUUUGCUUGAGUUGCCCCUGGGUGAUACUUCGCGACUUUUUGGAAAGAAAAGGAAGGCGAACUAG